UUUCGUCACGUGCGGUGGCCACAGUGGCCUGGGCCUGAGAGUGUGAACUUGUCUUUCCUGUGGCCUGGAGCUUCAGAAAUUGGAGCCGUCCUGGGUUUAGAGAGGGAAGGCAGGGUAGAGAUCAUGGGGUCCAGCCACCCAUUUUACAGGAGAGGAGCCUGAGGCCCUGAGUGGGGCAGAGACUUUUCACACAGCUGGGAAACUGGCCAGUUUUCUGGAGGGACUGGCCAGGUGAAGAGGACCAGGAGGAAGCUGGCUGGGAGGACAACGUGCCCAGCUAUGAGCGUGUCCAGUAGGGGACUGAGCCUCUUCAGAGGUGUGGCAGCUGGCACCUCCUCUUUCCCCUGCAGCUCCCACCCCACUUACCAGAGACUUGGACACAGGCUGGAAACGGUCAAGCCCAAGAUGCUGGGAUUCUGAGCAGAGCAGCCAGUAUUGGCUUCUAGGUGAUUCCUGUCAAUCCAAGAUGAACUGCCAGGUGAAAAGGAGGGAUGGUCGCUGGGGAAGCCCAAAUGUAUGUGCUGUUUCAGGAAUCGGUAACAUUCAAGGAUGUGGCUGUGGACUUCUCCUGGGAGGAGUGGGGGCAGCUGGGCCCUGCCCAGAAGGAGCUGUACCGGGAGGUGAUGCUGGAGAACUACAGGAACCUGGUCUGCCUGGGGCUUGCCGUGUCCAAACCAGAUGUGAUCUCCCAGUUGGAACGAGGGGGAGCACCUUGGAUACCAGAGGGAGAAGGCCCAAGAUGCUGGUGUGCAGACUGGAAGACUGGGACCGAAACUCCAAAGCUGGGCACUCCUAUGGUUCUGUCAUCCCAGGAAGGACUCCCAAGGGAAGGCACCUGUGUCUCCAAGUCUGGAGAAUCCUCUCACUGUGAUGCCAGGCUAGAGAGUCCGCAGAGCAAUGAGAAGAAACUUUCUCAGCUGGUAAAAAUCACCCAGAGGAACUCUUUGAAUUUGGUGCGGGGCCAUGAGUGUGAUGCUUGUGGCAGAGACUUCAGUCUGGGGCCGGUCUCUUCUCCUCAACAGAGAGAACAAAUGACAGAGAGUUUCCAUAAAUGUGACAGACACGGAAAGCAUUUCAGACUAAAUUCAGACCUCAGUAAGUGCAAUGGAAGCUGCUCAAAGAAGACGUAUUCUAGGUGUGGUGAAUGUGAGAAAUGCUGCAGUUAUAAUUCUGACCUCACUGAAUGUAAUAAUAUUCAUAUUGGGGAGAAGGCCUGUGAAUAUAGGAACUCCAUAUAUCACAGUUCAUCCAUUACUUCAAAUAAAAAAUAUCACUCUCAAAAGAAACUGAGCAAGUCUGAUAAAUGUGGAGGGUCCUUUUCCCAGAGCACGCACAUUGAUGAACAUCAGAAAAUUAAUGUUGGAGAGAAAGCUUAUGAAUGUCAUGAUUGUGGGAGGACUUUUGCUCAGAGCGCACUUCUUGCUCGACAUGAGAGGCGUCAUUUUGGCGAGAAACCUUACGAAUGCAGUGAAUGUGGGAAGACCUUCAGCCGUAGUGCAUAUCUUACUGAACAUCAGAGAAUUCACACUGGAGAGAAACCUUAUGAAUGUAAUGAGUGUGGGAAGUCCUUCAUCCGAGGUACUUACCUUACUCUACAUCAGAGAACUCAUACUGGAGAAAAACCUUACGAGUGUCAUGAAUGUGGAAAGGCCUUUCCCCAGAGCAUUCAGCUUCUUGGACAUCAGAGAAUUCAUACAGGAGAAAAACCUUAUGAAUGUAAUUACUGUGGGAAGACAUUUAGACAUAGCUCAUCCCUUAAUUCCCAUCACAGAGUUCAUACUGGAGAGAAACCUUAUGAAUGUAAUGAAUGUGGGAAGGCCUUCAAACACAGCUCUUCCCUUACUUACCAUCACAGAAUUCAUACUGGAGAGAAACCAUAUGAAUGUAAAGAAUGUGGGAAGACCUUCCCCCAGAGCAUACAACUUAUUGGUCAUCAGAGAAUUCAUACCGGAGAGAAACCUUAUGAAUGUAAUGAAUGUGGAAAAGCCUUUAGCCGGAAAACGCAGCUUACUCGACAUCAGAGAAUUCAUACUGGAAACAAACCUUAUGAAUGCAAUGCAUGUGGAAAGGCCUUUUGCCAAAAGACCCAGCUCACUAAACAUCAAAGAAUUCAUACUGGAGAGAAGCCAUAUGAAUGUCAUGAAUGUGGGAAGUCCUUCCGCCAAAGGUCACAUCUUACUUACCAUCAGAGAAUUCAUACUGGAGACAAGAAACCUUAUGGAUGUAAUGAGUGUUGGAAGGCCUUCAGCCGGAGGUCACAUCUUAUUGAACAUCAGAGAACACAUACUGGAGAGAAACCUUAUGAAUGUAAUGAAUGUGGGAAGGCCUUCAUCCGAGGCACACAUCUUAUUCUACAUCAGAGAACACAUAAUGGGGAGAAACCUUAUGAGUGUCACGAAUGUGGGAAGGCCUUCCCUCAGAGCAUACAACUUCUUGGACAUCAGAGAAUUCAUACUGGAGAGAAACCUUAUGAAUGUAAUUACUGUGGGAAAACUUUUAGACAUAGCUCAUCCCUUAAUUCCCAUCAUAGGAUUCAUACUGGAGAGAAACCUUAUGAAUGUAAUGAAUGUGGGAAGGCCUUCAAACACAGCUCUUCCCUUACUUACCAUCACAGAAUUCAUACUGGAGAAAAACCAUUUAUAUGUAAUGAAUGUGGUAAGGCCUUCCCCCAGAGCAUACAACUUACUGAACAUCAGAGAAUUCACACAGGAGAGAAACCUUAUGAAUGUUGUGAAUGUGGGAAGACUUUUAGCCGGAGAACACAGCUUACUCGACAUCAGAGAAUUCAUACUGGAGCUAAACCUUAUGAAUGUAAUCAGUGUGGUAAGGCCUUUUGUCAGAAGGCACAGCUUAGUAAACAUCAACGAAUUCAUAGUCAAGAGAAACCUUAUGAAUGUAAUGAAUGUGGAAAGGCUUUUAGAUAUACAUCUUCCCUCACAUCUCAUCACAGGAUUCAUACUGGUGAGAAGCCUUAUCAGUGUAGUGAAUGUGGGAUGGCUUUUGGCUGGAACACACAGCUUAGCAAACACCAACGAAUUCAUACUGGAGAAAAAUCUGUGUUCUCUGCCUAAUGUUCUCAGCUUCCACCCCAAACAGACACCGGGGCUCUUUUUCUUUUUUAUGCUCACUGAUAUUUUAGAGAUAGAACACUAGCGUAGUAAAGGACCUGAGAGAUCAUCUCUUCCACCCUUUCAUUAUGCAGAUGAAAAAACUGAGGCUGAGGUCACCAAGUUACAGCCCAGGGCACACAGAAAGGGAGUAUCAGACCCAGGAGAAACACCUCAGUUUCCUGAUUCAUAGCAGUGGUUUUGUUUUUUUUUUUUACUGUUUUGUCCUGAAUGGGAGGUAUUCAGUCCUUUCACCAAUCAUUUUCAGGCCUUGAUGUCCCACUGUGAUGACUAUCCCAUCUGAUUUGUUUCUUGGCCCUAGACACUGCUGGCCUUCCAAUUGCAUCACUGCCAUGACUAUGCACUUCUAGGUGGGAGUAAUAAUAAUUAGCAUUUAGAUUUGCAUUAAGAUUUAUAAAAUGUUUUACAUGCUUUUUCUCAUUUUAUCUUUACA